UCUUCUUCUACCUCUAGUAUCACUGGAGCUUAACUGCUGUCAGGAGUCUGGACCUGAAAAUGUUUGUGACUGUCUUGUUUGGAGAGGGCAGGAUGGAAAUGUUCAAUCUCAACUGUAAGCUGAUAAACUUCCUCCAUCAUUUGAAAGAGAGGGCCGGUGUGGACUCCAAAGAUUGUGUGGACCUGAUGGACAGCAGUGGUAAAGUGAUGAACCUGGCAGCCAAGCAGCACAGUUUGGCUCUGGCCAGCAGUGUGCUGGUAGCCAGACACUACUACGUCCUCCUGCGAGUCUGCCGAGACCAUGAGGCUGGAGGUCAGAAAUAUGUCUCCCUUCAGAACAACAACAGUCAAAGUCAUCCUGAAUUAACAGAACUGCUGAAGAGGCUGACUGACAAAGGGCCAGACAGAAAAACUAGAAAGAGACGGACGCCUCAGACCAAAAACAUUCCUGCAAACAGCAAGAGCCACUAAAUUUAACACUGUCAAUUUAAAUCUGAAUACUUUGCUAUAUUUCUAUUUUAACUGAGCUAAAGUGGAUGAUUUCUUUUUAGUUAAUAAUAGUCAAUAUUGAAGAAGUUCAAUAGAAUAAGUUACAUUUUGAGAUUUUGUAUUUCUGCAUUAAGUUGUUACUGUAACCAGAAUGUCACAGAGAGGUAAAUCAGAAGUAUGAGCUGCUGUGUAUCUUCCUAGUUUCUUGUGUUUCUAAGCAUUUUCCUUUUCCUCAUGCCUUUUGUGGCUUCCUGCCUGUCUGUGUGAGUUCCUUUUUUGUCCGUC